CAGUUUUCUAACCAUUUCCCUCGCUGGAUUCUUGAAACUGUGUUAGAUCUGGGAGUAGGAGAUAAUGAAGUUUCUUGAUUGGUAUUUGAAGAUAGCAUUAGUUUCAGCCGCGAUUGGGGGUUCCAUGGAAUUCUUCAUGAUCAAAACUGGCUUCUAUGAUAAAGUGACAGUUCUAGAGUCAGAGAAGAGGGCUUGGGAGAAUUCUCCUGAAGCUCAGGCCGUUAGAGAAGCUCUAAAUCCUUGGAGAGAUCAAGAUAAGCAAGCAAGAAAAAGUUCCUAGCUUGUGUUUUUGAAGAGCAAGCUAUUGGGAUUGGACAUGAUAAUUACAGAAAGAAUUAGAGAUUUGAUAGCUGCAUUAAUAUCAGUGGAGCUCGAUGCCAAUUACGCUAGUGUUUUGUAGUGCCAUGAUGAAUGCUUAGCACGAUUUUUCUGGAGUUGCUAUACGUAACUGCAAUUCUUUGCUUGGAUGCACAAUAAGAACCUUUUCGUGGUUUUUAUGGUUAAUAUUAUUAUGAAUUCCUUGUAUUCAUAUUUAACGUGUAUGAAAGUGGCAUAAUUAGUGAGUCAUAUAGUUCGUUUUGGUUAUUAGUGAGGAAUUAUGUCCUUGGUUCAUUAUAAAUAUUUUGCUUUUUGGUGGGGAUGGACUCCUUCAAUUGAAUGAUUGAUCUAAAGA